AUGUCCUCUCCGUCCAUCAGGUACUUUGCAGCUUGCUGGGUCUGCUUUCCCCUGCAACCAGGAGAUCGCUUCCGAUACUAUUGGGAUAUCCUUUCAAUUCUUUUCAUCCUUCAUGACGCCUUGGUCUUGCCACUCUAUUUUUUCGGACUCCGGAAGCAUUACGGCGUGCAGAGUCUUGCCUGGUGUGCUCGAAUUUUCUGGAUGGCAGACAUCGCAAUGAAUAUGCUGACAGGUUACUAUGAGAUGGGUAUGUUGGUUGACGACCUCAGAAGGAUCUUUUGCCGCUACAUGAGAACCUGGCUGUUGCUCGACACCCUUUGCGUGGCUGAGGAUUGGCUCCUGUUCAGCAACAUUGGUGAAGCAGAUCCUGCGAGGGAGUUCCUCAGCCUGCUCCGUGUGAUACGUUUGGUCAAGCUGAGGAAGAUGAGUGGACAACUUCAUGAUCAACUACAGUCUCAAGCUGCGAGCAUUCAGUUCAAUUUGCUCGGCACGCUAACUGGGUUGGUAAUCAUCAAUCAUAUCAUAGCAUGCUGCUGGUAUGGUAUCAGCCAGCUGGGUGAUGGUGGUGAGACGUGGCUAAAGCUCCAGGGCUGGGAGGACGCCGGACCCACCUUUCAGUAUGUGACUUCGUAUUAUUGGGCCUUCUCACAGCUUGGUGUCGGCAAUACAGAGAUUCAUUGCGUCAGCCUGCUGGAGCAUGUCUUUGCGAGCUUCGUUGCCAUGGCUUCCUUACUCAUUUUCUCCACCCUGGUCAGUACCAUGACGUCCUUGAUGACCACCUUGAAUGAGAUCCAAGAGUCUGAGAUCUCGCAGUUCCGUGCCUUACGCAGGUUCCUGGCAGCCAACCACAUCCCGCAAGAACUCAGCACCCGCAUCGUGCAGUUUGUUCAGCAUUCCUACCCUCAGAAGAGCCAGGAGAGCGACCAAGAUGGGGACCUCGCCAUCCUCGACAUGCUCUCAACUCCUUUGAAAGCGGAGCUGCGCUUUGCGCGCUUCGCGGAGAAAUUGGAUGCUCUUCCUUUCCUGCGCAAGCUGAUGGGCUGCAAUGACCUUCAAAUCACCCGGCUGACACACCAACUCGCAGGACAUUUGGACCUCCUUUUGGUCGCACCAGGCGACGUUGUCUUUUUUGCCGACAACGAUGCGAAGACGACCUACGUGAACCUGCACGGGACCUUGAAGUACUACCAGGCGUCGCACUCCGAAGAAGUUACAGAUGGCAUCUGGAUAUCCGAGAUGUGCCUUUGGACCUCUUGGGAGUUUAUGGGCACGCUGGUGGCUGAAGAAGUGUCGCGGCUCGUUUCAUUGAACGAAGAGAUCUUUAAGAAGACAAUCUGCGAGAGCGCCAUUGCCCAGCAGAUGGCUUCCAGCUAUGCUAUCCAAUAUGUGAGCGAAUUGACAUCGCAGAAAGUUAUUUCUGAUCUCUGGGCGUACAUCGAACCGAGCAACCCGCCCGCCCCCGCCAUAACUGUCUCGGAAGCUUCACCUGCGGUGCCAGGGUCGCACUUGUUGUCGGUGGUUCGCCGACUGAGCCUUGGAUCGCGCGAGUCAGGAGGGGACCAAAGGAAAGUGGUGCCCGUGGUGCCCAGUCCACAGUCAUCGGUUUCUGUCUCCGCCUAA